UGUUAAAAUUUUAAUUAUUAUCAAUAUUUAGAUAUUUUUAAAAAUACAAAAAUAAAUAAUUAAUCUUCUAGCGAAAUGUUUGGUGGAGGUGUUCAAUCAAAGCUUAAAAGUUUUGAUAUGUAUAGAAAGUUGCCUUCAGACUUAACUGAACCAACUUUGUCUGGAGCUAUUGUUUCAAUAGUUAGCACAUUGAUUAUGCUUAUUUUGUUCAUUAGUGAAUUCAAUGGAUAUCUCUCUGUCGAAGAAAAUAGUGAGAUGUUUGUUGAUGUUGCAUAAGGUGGACAAAAAAUUCGUGUCAAUUUAGAUAUUGAUUUCCCUCAAUUCCCAUGCGACAUAUUUUCUCUUGAUGUUUAAGAUAUUAUGGGUUCCCACUCCGUUAAUGUUGAAGGUGACCUUGUCAAGACUCGUCUUUCUAGCACCGGAACUUAUCUUGAAAAAAUUAAAUAAAAUACUGGAGGUGAUCACGGACACGGCGGUCAUGGACAUGGUCAUGGUGACGUUUCUCUUGAUCUUGAACGUGUUAAAAAGGCUUUUAACGAUAGAGAAGGUUGCAAAAUUUCUGGUUUUAUGUUAGUCAAUAAGGUCCCUGGUAAUUUCCACAUUUCUUCACACGCCUAUGGAAAUUAUCUCCAACGUAUCUUCUAAGAUGCUCGUAUCAACACUCUUGAUUUAUCCCAUGUUAUCAAUCAUUUAUCCUUCGGUGAAGAAAAUGACCUUAACCGUAUCAAAAAAACUUUCUAGCAAGGUAUUUUAUAACCUCUUGAUCAUACAAAAAAGAUUAAGCCUGAAAAUCUUAGAACUGUAGGUGUUACUCAUUAAUAUUACAUUAAUGUUGUUCCCACAACUUACAAAGAUUUGUCCAAUCGUAAAUAUCACGUUUAUUAAUUCGUCGCUAAUAGCAACGAAAUGACCACCCAACACUUACCAGCUGUCUUCUUCCGUUAUGACCUUUCUCCUGUUACAGUUUAAUUCUCUCAAACUAGAGAAUCCUUCCUCCACUUCUUGGUGCAAGUUUGUGCUAUUAUUGGAGGUGUUUUCACUGUUGCAGGUAUCAUAGACUCAAUUGUCCACCGUUCAGUUGUCCAUAUCCUUAAAAAGGCUGAAAUGGGCAAGCUCUCUUGA